AUGUCCACAGAUAAGAACAGCAGCUGCUUCCACAUCAAAACCCAUAUAACCCGCACGCAACAUUCCCGCUCUCGUUACGCAGGCACUUCUCCCAAUCAAGAAAACAAUCUAAAACUUUGCGUGAAACAAUACACUCCUAAAAACAACCCCAAUCCCCAAGAUGGUGAUGUAACGAUUAUUGGCGCUGUAGCAGAUUCCUACCCAAAGGAAAUCUAUGAGCCGAUGUGGGAGCAUCUAGUCAAGGAAUUAGAGAGGAAAGGGAAGAAGAUACGUUCGUUGUGGGUUGCUGACCCAUUUAAUCAAGGUGAAAGUGGAGUUUUGAAUGAGAAGGUUUUGGGGCCGGAUCCGAGUUGGUUUGACCAUGGAAGAGACUUGAUGUUUGUGAUCAAUCAAUUCCAAGACGAAAUGCCGCAUCCAAUUGUCGGGAUUGGACAUAGCAUGGGAGCUUCGCACCUAGCACAUCUCGCCCUACUACAUCCUCGACUGAUGCACGCGUUGGUAAUAAUAGACCCCGUCUUCCAGCUCCAAGGUGGCGGUCAAACCUGGGCUCGCGCCUCGACAUUCCGCCGAGAUCACUGGCCCUCUCGAAAGAUUGCGGAAGAGAAACUCAGCGCAAAUCCAGGGUUGAAAAGUUGGGAUCCUGUCGUGUUGAAAAAGUUCCUUGAAUUUGGCUUGAGAGAUUGUCCGACAGAGAUGUAUCCCGAAGUCCCGUCUAAGGGAGACGUUCCAGUCACUUUGCAGUCAACGGUAGCGCAGGAAGUGUAUAAUUACAUCGAACCAACAUACCAUGAUCCGCGAUUGUUGGUACCAAAACAUCUAGAAGGGCGGGAAUUCCAUCCAGAUGAUGUUGCAAAGGCAAGCGGGGCGAAUUUUAUGAGAGCUGAGAUGGCAAUACUGUGGAGGAGGUUGGAAGAGCUUCAGCCUAGUGUAAUGUACAUCUUUGGGAAUACCUCGACUGUUUCUGGAGAGGAGGCAAGGAAAGCAAAAAUAGAGAGAACGGGGAGAGGUGUCGGUGGCAACGGUGGGGUUGAUACGGACAUGGUCAAGGAAGUUGUGCUUAGCUGUGGGCAUCUUGUACCCUUGGAGAUGCCCAAGGACACGGCCGUGAGUUGUGCCGAGUUUGUGGACGCCGAAGUUGCGAGAUGGGUGGACGAAGAAACAGAGAGGAGGGUGAUCUGGAAUGGACUGAGCCGAGAGGGGCAGGUCGGUCUGAACGAUUUGUGGAAAGAGAAGAUUGGAGGACCGGCGAAGAAACCUGCGAAGGAAAAGAGUGAAACGAAGCUGUGA